UUUACUACUCUUCUAACAAAAAGAGUUUUACUACUACGACUCUGUCCUCUGGACAAGAAAAGCAUCAGCGUCCACAUUCGUCUUCCUCUGCGCUCGGAGAAGCCCCUCGCCGCCGGCUGCAUCACCGCCGCCCCUCGCCGCCCUAAACCGAUCCAAGAUCUGCCCCCUGCCUAGGCCCUUCCGCUUCCGCUCCAUGGAGGAGGCGGAGAAAGGGGAGCUCUUGGAGAGGAACACCAAGCCGAGGUUGGACAGCCAUCCUGGGGAGACGUCGGAUGCGGCCGGCGUGUUCACCGACGACAUCAUCCUGGAGAUCCUCUCCCGCCUCCCGGCCAGAUCCCUCCACCGCUUCAAGUGCGUCUCCGUGCCCUGGCGCGACCUCAUCACCGACCCCGCCAACCGCAAGAAGCUCCCCCAGGUCCUCGCCGGCUUCCUGUACAUGUCCUUCCUCAGCGGACACCACCACCACUUCGCCAGCGUCGCCGGCGGCGCAGCCCUGUUCGACCCUUGCCUGCAGCCAAACAAGUACAAGCACAUGGAGCAGGUAGACGCCUGCAAUGGCCUCCUUCUCUACCGCGGCUGCACCAAGAAUUUGGCCCCUUGGGAUUGGACAGAGGAUGAUUGCCGUUUUGUCGUGUGCAAUCCUGCCACUGGGAGCUGGGUGGAGCUGCCCCCUCAACCUCAACCGCAAGAGCCGGCGAAAGGGCGUAGCCGUGUCGCAGGUCUGGCUUUUGAUCCGGCGGUCUCAUCCCAUUUCCAUGUUCUUCGUUUCGAGGAGGCAGACUCAUCGAGCGUGACAGGAGUGAGCAUCUACUCGUCGCGGACAGGAGCCUGGAGUCAUAGGGACAGGGUGAUGGCUGAGGAAGUUACACUGUCGUAUACCACUAGAUGUAUCUUUGCUGGCGGCGUGCUCUACCUGAUGGGCUUCCUUCCGAGCACCAACAACGACCAUGUGCUGCUGGCAGUGGACAUGGCUGGGAAAGUGUGGAAGACCAUCAGUGUGCCGUAUGCCCGGAGAUUAGCUAUGAUUGGAUCGUCCCAGGGGUGCUUACACUAUGCUCUAGCUUCCGACAAUGAUAACAACAACAUCCAUGUUUCUGAGAUAAAACUCUGGUGCCUCAAGGAUUGUGAUAGGAAGGAAUUGGUCCUGAAACGUACAGCCAGCAUCGAUAAGUUUACGGGCAUGACUAUGAAGAAUUACAGGGUGAUAGGGAUCCAUCCAGAUUGCGACACCAUUUUCUCGGUUCCAUGUGGAGGUCAUACGUUGGUAGCGUAUGAUAUGCAGCAUCAGAAAGUUGGAUGCAUCCUUGAUCUUGAGAAAAAUAGUACACAACGAUUUCUACCCUAUGUUCCUCUGUUCUCAGAGUCAUUAGCAGAUGCAAAUGGGCGGUAGCUUUACCUUCAAUGCUUCCUCCAAGAAUUGGCUUUUCUAUCAGCUGAAUUAUUUGUGCGUAUCUCUGAAUCUACUUCAGUCAUGCCGCUCAAUUUGCUGGUGCUUACACUCCUCUUGCUUGGUUUUCAGUUCAGAGCAAUGCCUGGUAAACCUACAGAUUAAGCAUAGUGUUAACUCCAAAGAACACUGUUACUCUUGUUCUUGUUUGCCUAGCACUGGCUAUUGUUCUUGUUUGUAACCAGCCUUCUUGUCCAUAACAAUCAGUUAUUAUGAUUAUCCUAAAUGCUAGUGCAGAUUGUGAA